GUAGGGAGCAGCGCCGUUUUGCAGAUCUGAGAAACUGUGUAGGGUGGCGGGUAGCACGCCGUGGGAGCUGACUUGGAUUUGUUGUGAGACUAGGGAAGUUGUUGACCUGGAGGUGCUGUGCUGCUUAGACUGGACCACUGCCCCUGAGCACAGGUUUGAAGGGGAGAAGGUUGAAAACAACAGGAUGGCCAAGGAUAUGUUGUCAUUCUGGGAUGUGGCUAUAUAUUUCUCUGGAGAGGAGUGGGAAUACCUGGGUCCUGCUCAGUGGAAUUUAUACAGGGACGUGACAUUGGAGAAUUACAACAACCUUGUGUUUCUGGGUCUUGCUUCCUCUAAGCCAUACCUGGUCACAUUUCUGGAGCAAAUAGAGGAGCCUUUAGUUGUGAAGAAAGGAGAGGUUACCACUAUGUAUUCAGGGAAAAAAUGUUAUACCUGCAAAGACUGUGGGAAAGUUUUUGAGAAGAAAAAAGUAUUUCAAAGUCACUACAGACUUCAUGUAAGAGUGAAAACCUACAAGUGUGAAGAAUGUGGCAAGUCCUUCCGUUUUCCGUCAUUACUUUCUAGACACUACAGAGUUCAUACAGGAGAAAAACCCUACAAGUGUGAAAUAUGUGGCAAUGGCUUUCCUUAUCCUUCAAGGCUUUCCACCCAUAUGAAAACUCAUACAGGAGAAAAACCAUACCAGUGUGAAGUAUGUGGGAAGGCCUUCCAUAAUCCAUCAAUACUUUCUACGCACAAGAGAAUUCAUACAGGAGAGAAACCCCACAAAUGUGAAGAGUGUGGCAAGACUUUCAGAGAUUCAUCAUUACUUUCGGGGCACAAGAAAAUUCAUACAGGAGAGAAACCCUACAAGUGUGAAGUAUGUGGCAAGGACUUCUAUUUUCGAUCAAAACUUAAUAUACACAAGAAAAUUCAUACAGAAAAAAAUCCCUACAAGUGUGAAGUAUGUGGCAAGGUCUUUGAUAAUCGAUCAAGGCUUUCCAACCAUAUGAAAAUUCAUACAGAAGAGAAACCAUACAAGUGUGAAGUAUGUGGCAAGGCCUUCCAUUAUCUAUCCAAACUUUCUAAACACAAGAAAAUUCAUACAGAAAAAAAUCCCUACAAGUGUGAAGUAUGUGGCAAGGCCUUUGAUUAUCGAUCAAAACUUAAUAAACACAAGAAAAUUCAUAUAGAAGAGAAACCAUACAAGUGUGAAGUAUGUGGCAAGGCCUUCCAUUAUCUAUACAAACUAUCUAAACACAAGAUAGUUCAUACAGAAGAGAAUCCCUACAAGUGUGAAGUAUGUGGCAAGGCCUUUGAUUAUCCAUCAAGGCUUUCCGACCAUAAGACAAUUCAUACAGGAGAGAAACCAUACAAAUGUGAAGUAUGUGGAAAUGCCUUCUGUUAUUCAUCAUCACUUCGUAAACACAAGAUAAUUCACACAGGAGAGAAACCCUACAAGUGUAAAGUAUGUGGCAAGGGCUUCGAUUAUCGAUCGAGACUUUACAAACACAAGAAAAUUCACACUGGAGAGAAACCAUACAAAUGUGAAGAAUGUGGAAAAGCCUCCUCUAUAAAGUCAUACCUAUAUCUACACAAACACAUACACACAGGGGGAAAAUACUAUAUCUGCAAAGAAUAUGGCAAAGUUUUUGAGGGGAAAAAAGUAUUUCGAAAUCACCAGAUAAUUCAUUUAGGAAUGAAGCCCAACAAGUAUGAAGAAUGUGGCAAGUCCGUCCGUUUUUCAUCCCUACUUUCUGAACACAAAAGAAUUCAUGCAGGAGAAAAACCCUACAAAUGUGAAGUAUGUGGCAAGGCCUUCUGCAUUCCAUUAUUACUUUCUAAACAUAAGGUAAUUCAUAUGGGAAAGAAACCCUACAAGUGUGAAAUAUGUGGCAAGGCCUUCAAAUUGCCAUCAAGGCUUUCAAAACAUGAGAAAAUUCAUAUAGAAGAGAAGCCAUACCAGUGUAAAGUAUGUGGAAAGGCCUUUCGCUCUCCAUCAUUACUUUGUGAACAUGAGAGAAUUCAUACAGGCGAUUUACCCUGCAAGUGUGAUAUAUGUGGCAAGGCCUUCCGUUAUCCAUCAUUACUUUCAAAACACAAGGUAGUUCAUACAGAAGAUAAACCCUACAAGUGUCAAGUAUGUGGAAAUUUCCUCCGCUCUCAAUCAUCCCUUCAUGAACACAAGAGAAUGCAUAUGGGAGAGAAACCCUACAAGUGUGAAAUAUGUGGCAAGGCCUUUGAAUAUCCAUCAAGAGUUUUAAAACAUAAGAAUGUUCAUUCAGAAGAGAAACCAUACAAGUGUAAAUUAUGUGGAAAGACCUUCCGCUCUCCAUCAGCAUUUCGUGUACACAAGAGAAAGCAUCCAGGAGAAAAACCAUAAAACUGUGAAGUAUGUGGCAAGGCCUUCCAUUAUCCAACAAUACUUUCCAAUAAGAAAAUCCAUACAAGGGAGAAACCAUACAAGUAUGAAGAUUGUGGCAAAGCUUUAAACUAUCCAUCCAUACUUUCUAAACACAAAAUAAUUCAUACAGAAGAGAAUCCCUACAAAUGUGAAGUAUGUCGCAAGGUCUUCAAUUAUCCAUCAAGACUUUACAAACAAAACAGAAUUCAUACAUGGGAAAAACCUUACAAAAACCUUACAAAUAUGAAGUAUGUGGCCUGGCCUUCUAUUGUCCAUACUUUCUGAAAAGAAGAGAAUUUAUACAGGUGAGAAACCCUAAACUUGUGAUGUAUCAGUCAAGUCCUUCAGAACUUCCCAGAUUCUUUCUCCUCAUUUGAUAAUUCAUUCUAGAGAGAAACCAUACAAAAGUGAGAAAUGUGGAAAAGCCUCCUCUACAAAGUCAUACCUAUAUCUACAAAAAUUAGCUCACAAUGAAGAGAAUAUUUACAAAUCAAAAGAACCUGGCAAAAUGGCCAACAAAUUUAGGGAUGAUCAAAGAAUUCAUUCUGGAAAGAAAUCAUACAAACGUGGCAAAAACUUUUGAAGUUCCAUUGCAUGGUAUGAACACAGGAUAAUUCCUAUUGGAGAUAAACACCACACAUGUGAAGAAUGUGACAAACACUAUUAUCAGUCUUCUGGUCUUAAGCGACAUCAAAGAAUCCAUCUGUGAGAGACACCACACAAGUGUGAAGGUGCCAAGGUCUUUUGGAAUUAGUGUAAACUUGAGGAAAACAUAAUUCAUACUAGACUGAAAUGUCACAAGUGUGAAAAUGUUACAAACCCUUAAAUAAGCUUUCUUAUAUUUUUUAACACAAGGUAGUUCAAACUGGAGUGAAAUAGUAUAAAUGUUAAAAUGUUCAUAAAAUCCUAAUACUUCUCCAGACCCUAAAAGUUAUCUUUGUUUUAGAAUUGAAACCCUUAUUCUAUACCAGUAUGUAGAAAAGUAAUCACUUGUUUUUAUGUUGUAGGAACUCAUGGUUAAGAAAUUGCCUUGAGUCUCACAUGACAUAUGGACUGUAGUAUUUCAAAGUGUUAUAACUGUUAAAUCCUUUAUGAACCUUUCAAGUUGUAGCCUAUUUUACUUAUGAAGUAAAGGUAAGGUUGGGGAAAAUGUUAUCAUUUAAAGCUUUGUGGAUAGAGCUAGCAUGUUGAUUUGGGAACAAACUUAAUUGCCAACAAGACCCAUAGCCGUGUUAAUAUUCCCAGUACCCACAAAAUAAAAGAGGUAAUUAUCUCUGAAGUUUGUCCUCUGACCUCUAUGCAUUGGUCUCCACACAAACAAAAAUUUGUGUACCUAGCAAUAAAUAAACUUUAACUAUGCUUUUGAAA